AUGGGGUUCUCCAGAGUGUUCCUCGUCUGCCUGAUCUUCUCUCUCCUCGCCGCCCUUACAGUGCAUUCUCAUCCUACCACGGUAAGUUCCGAGAGCAUCUCUAGAGAGAGAGAGAACUUUCUUCCGAUGUACAAUAUGGGUGACGGGUCUCUGUUUCAGGCUGUGGAGAAGGAGAAGGAAGGGUCCAUAUUGGUUACCAUGGGUAAGUCUUCUCGCCCUCCACGUGUUUCUUCUUGUCCUUGUUCUUCUUCUUAAGCUGAUUGGUUCGGCGGGUUUGAAGACUGCGCGAGAGCGUGUGCCGGCAGGUGCCGGCUGUCGUCGAGGCCGAAUCUGUGCAAGAGGGCCUGCGGGACGUGCUGCAGCCGGUGCAACUGCGUGCCGCCGGGGACGGCGGGAAACAGGGAGGUCUGUCCGUGCUAUGCCAGGAUGACCACCCGGGGGGGCAGGCCCAAGUGCCCUUGA